AUAAAAUUGCCUGUGAAACCCGCAGCAAACACAUCGGCAACUGUUGCUGCCACGCACUGUAUGCCAGCAACAAUUGCUUCGCGUCAAAUGAGUCAGAACAAUCAACAUCAGCAGCAGCAGCAACAUCAGCAGCAGCAGCAACAGCAGCAGCCGCAGCAACAGCAGCAGCAGCGGCUCUAUGCAAAGAAUGUGGCCAAAGCCAACAAUGCUAACAAUAAUGCAAACAACAGCAGCAGUAGCAACAACAAUAACAACAAUGGCAGCAACAACAACACCAACAACAGUGCAAAUUUGGCUCCAGGCUGGCGUCGACUAACCAACAACAAUGAAGUGGCCUACAUCAGUCCAACGGGCAAAACGCUGCGCACCCAAUACCAAAUCAAGGACUAUUUGCUAACACAGGGUACCUGCAAGUGUGGCCUGCCGUGUCCGCUGCGGCCGGAAUACUUUUUCGAUUUUAAUGCUCAGGUGCCCAACAUGCCAUUAAAGGUGUCGCCAGGCAGCAGCCAAGAGGCGAUUGUGGCGCUCUGCUCACACCAGCGGCACCUGCUCGACGGAGAGCAGUUGCACAAUCCGCAGCCUGUCAAGGAUUUAAUGAUGGCGACGACAAUGUCGAUGGCGAAGGCAACAGCAGCUGCUGUCGCUACGGUCAGUGAUGCGUUUACUGCGUUGAUGGCAACAACAACAACAAUAACAACAGCAGCUGCAGCAAAUGCAUCAACAACGGCAACGGCAACGGCAACAGCAACGGCGACAACGGCAACGGCAACAACAACAGCAACGACAGCAUCAACAGCCACAUUAGAGUUGGCCCACAAAGACGCUGAUUGCCACAAAUAUGGCAGCAGCAGCAACAACARCAACAACAGCAGCUAUAAGCUGGCCAACAGGACAACAGUUUCAGCUCCAGUCACAGUCACAGCCACGCCCAUAUCCACAAACGCGGCCGUCAUGCAAACUAGUCAAGCAAUGGGCAUGGAGAGCGCGCCAAAGCGAACAGCAGGAGCAGCUCCUGCUCCUGUUUCUGCUCCUGGUCCGCUGCCAGUCGCAGAGUCGGCUGCAACAGUUCCAGCGCCUGUGAUAAAGGCCGUGGCAACGGUUUCUACGCCUGCUCCUCCUCAUCCCGCAGCCCAGCAGCAGCAGCAGCAGCCCAACUUCAAGGAUGAUCCCGCAGGCUACUUGCAGCAGCAAACGACGCUGCUGCACAAUACGCUGGGUGCGGGUCUGGAUGCCAAGCCAGUCACGGCCAACGCCACAGGCACUGCCACGGCCCGUGCACUGCCCCAGGAGCCCAUUGUGCACAGCUCCCAGCACCAGCAGCAGCAGCAGCAGCGUCGAGGCAUUCGUCGKCUCUCGAUGCUCACGGGCGGCAAGUGGGAGGUGGACCCAAGUGCGCCGCGCUCGCUGCAUGUCGACACGGCAGCGGCAUUCGCGCGUCCACAGAAGCCACAGAUCACCAGCAUUACGGUGGUGCCGGCACCCCAGGAGUCGCCAGUAUCCAGCAGCGGGCCCGAGGCAGAGAAGCGCCCCGAGCAAGUGGGCGCCAUCUCGACGAGCCACGAGAGUCCGCGACACAGUCUCUCCCCGCCCACUGAUUCCCUGGACUCGGGCAAGAGCACGCCCAGCGCCUCGCCCAAGCCGCAGCAGGCGCAAAUUCAAAUGCAGAUGCGUCAGCCCCAGCCCCAGUCCCAGUGCCAGGUGCCAAGCCAACCAGUAGCGGCCCAGCCCACAGCUCAGCUGCGGCUGCUGCGGCAGCAGUGCCAGCCCGCAGUUGGCCCGGCCCAAAGGCAGUCGAUGGCCAAUAACGGGGCAGCCACGCUGACGCGCAGCAUUGUGACGACCACGGCGGGCAUCAGUCGACCGGGGGGCACUACGCUGAGCAGCGGGAACACUGCUGUGGCGCAGCUGCAGUCCAUGGCGAACAACAGUGGCGGCGGCAACCAGCUGAUCAUGACCUCCUCUGGCCAGCUGCUGGUCAUACCCAGCGCUAGCAAGCAGCAGGCAGCUGCGGCACAGCAGGCUCAGCGGCCGGCGCAGGCAGCCCAGCUGCAUGCCCAGCCAGGCGGCGGGUAUAUCGUUAGCCAGCCGUCGUCGAUACUUAAUGCUGGCGGGGCUAAGCUGCUGCAUCAUCAGAUCAUCACCUCGCAGGCCAGCCAAAUCAGUCAGAUCAGUCCGGCGGGCACGUCGGCGGCGCCACAGACGGUGCUGCUCAACACGUUGCCCAAUGGCGGCUACAUCGUCCAUCACCAGCAGCAACAGCAGCACCAGGAGCACCAUCAACCGAUGCUGGGCAUGCCACAGCCAGCGGCACCCAUUAUGACGUCGCCCGAGGCCAAGCGGCGGCCACGCAAGCGCAAGACCUCUGUGUGCAGCACACCGCCGCCGCCUUUGGUCUGUGGCGUGGGUGGUUCGCCGGCAAAGACGCAUUCACCCCAGAUCUCGCCCAGCAUACCCAGCCAGGCGCCAGCUCUGCUGCAGCAGGCGGCCAAUGCCGCUGCAGUGGCAGCGCCCGCAGCUCCGGCGCAGUUCUCGCAGCAAUUCCAGCUGAGUCCGGGCAUUCAGGGCAUUGUGGUCAACAAACCGGCGACGGCUGCAGCCCAGCCACAGCAGCUGCUGCUCCAGAAUGGCCAGAUUCUGCAGCAGGUGAAUCUCAUUGGUCAGCAGCUACUAAUGCCAGCGGGCCUGGUCAUGGGUCCGGACGCCACUUUGCUGCAGAUACAAAACAUGCCCACGACGAGUCUGCUCACCCAUCAGGGACAGGUGAUGCUGCGCACGCCCUCGCCACAGAACAAGCCCUCCUUCAUCUCGCCCAGCACCGGUGGCCAGCAGUAUAUUGUGGGCGCCAACGGCCAGCUGAGUCCCAUUGGCCAGAUCUAUUCGACGCCCAUGGGCCUGGUCAUGCCAACGGGUCAGCAAAGCGGCGCCUCCUUUGUGCAGGCCAGUCCCACGGCCACCAUACAGAUUCAGCAGCAGCAGCAGGCACCACCACAGCAGCAGCAGCAGCAUCAGAUCAGCCUGCAGCCACCGCAGACGACUGGCUACGUAACGGAUCCACACAGCAAUCGGCAAGUGACUGCCGCCAGUCCGCCGGACACCACCACGUGCAGCCCGCGCAGCCCUGAGCGACCGCCCAGUCACCGGAGCAGCGGCAGCGGCGAUAUGGUGCAGUGCGUCUCUAGCUCGGAGCCGGAUGCGGCUAUUUCGCCCCAGAGCGCUGAGAGUCGGCAGUCGCCCUCAUCGACGGAUUGCGAGCGGACCAUCUGCAGCAGCAACUUGUUUAGCCAGCCCAGCAGCAUCUAUAAGCCAACGGAUGCGAAGAUUCGGCGUAUUCACAUCACGUCGCAGCAGCAGGCGUCGACGGAGAGCAACCACACUGUGGGACUUAUGGGCCAAGGUAUGCGACUGACUAGCACCACAUCCCUGUCCAUCUCAUCAUCAUCGUCAUCGUCAGCGUCGGCAACAAUGUCAACGCCAUCAAUAACCACAGCGGCAUCGGGUCGCCAAAUCAUGCACCACCAACACCACCAACAUCACCAACAGCCCCUAACCUCCAAUAGCCAUCAAAGCGUCUAUGUCCAUAAUCACAAAGUAGUUAGCGUUGACUACCAGGAGUCGCCCACCACCACGCAGCUGCCGCCCAUUUCGGAUGCACCAGCGCCCAGUGAAGCUGCACCACCCAAAGCCAACUGCCGCACACCCACGAAACGGGCACGCCGACUCCACCGCACACUGGCCAGAAAUUCGCCAAAUGGUGUGGCUCUGUUGCCACCGCGCACAUUCGCCAUUGGUGAGCUGAUUUGGGGGCCGGCGCGUGGGCAUCCCGCCUGGCCCGGCAAGAUAGUCAAGAUGCCCGACGGUGUCUGCACACCGUCGCAACAAUUCGACCACGUGUGGGUGCAGUGGUUCGGCGGCGGCGGCCGAUCCACCUCCGAGCUAAUCCCGGUCAACCUAUUGCAGAGCCUUUCCGAGGGCCUGGAGGCGCACCACAAGGCGCAAAAGGAUACCAGAAAGAGCCGCAAACUGAACUCGCAACUCGAGCGGGCAAUACAAGAAGCAAUGACUGAGUUGGAUAACAUUUCAGCCUCGGCAACCGCAACAUCCGCGCCAGCAUCCGCAGUAAUUGGCCAGCAGCUGCAACAGCCACAGCAGCCGCAGCAUCCCACAUCCACGAACAGCACUAGCAAUGGAGUGGUGCGAGGCAAGCGCACAGGCACAGGAAUGCCGAGUGGACAGACGAGCAUUGGGAGUGCUAGCGUGACGCUGACCGCAAGCACAGCGGCCACACUGAGCGGCCUCUUCAGUCAGCAGCGUGCCAAGCCCAUACGCAUAGCGCCCGCUCCGCCGGCUCCAACGGGUGUGCCGGCAGCAGCAGCUGGAGCAAGUCCGGAGAUCCUGAAGCUGGCCAAAUGACCAGCGCUGUCGGCGUUGCCGUCGACAGUCACCACAGCAAACUAUACGCUCGUCAUUGGCCAUAAGUAGAAGCAACUAUCAACAGUAUAUAUUCAGAUAGAUAUAUACUAUAUAUAGAUAUAUAUUCAUACAUACAUAUGUGUAGUUAGAUGUCAGCCCCAAACUGUCUAUAAUUUUCUAUCGAAUUACGACUCUGCUUAGUUGCGCCUGUGCGGCGUUGCCACAUCUUUGAAAUAGACAAUAAAACAAUAUUAAAAUGUUAACGGAAACGAAGUUACAAAACGGACGAAGGAAACUUAGACAAAGAGAGCGAGAGAGAUAGAGAGAAUGGUUGAACUAUAAGCAAAGAACAGUUUUCGUUUGCUUACGCUAAACUCAGUUGUUUUUUUUUAAAUGUGUAUAUAUUAUAAUAUAGAUGGAUCAGAUGAACAUACCUAUUAUUGUCAUUUUAUUGAACAGAUUGUAAAUGUUUAGGCACAUAUUUAUUUAUUGAGUAUAAAUCAUAGUUUGCAUAGGUUUUUUGUUUUCGUUGCAAUCUUUAGACUUAACUUUUAUUUUUAUAUAUUUAGCUAGCAUAAGCCGAAAUUUAGCCAUUAAGUUCUAAUGCAGCCAAUUAAUGCACAUUUCGAUGUGCUUAUUGUUUUCUUUUUUGCCUAAUUCAUCAAAUUCUUGCAGAAGAAACAUUGUAAUCAAAAGCAUAUAACUGAUACUAUUUCUAACUCCGAGAUACUUAUUGAAUGGGAAAUAUCAA